AUGGCCCAAGUUGGUUCAGGGAAGACGGUUCUUUUCCACCAGGAAGACCCAAAAGGUCUCACCUACCGCAUCCCAGCUCUCCUCUACCUGCCGUCUGAGUCUACUUUCCUGGCAUUUGCUGAGGAGCGCUCAACGCCCAGAGACGAAAAUGCCAAGUUCCUGGUGAUGAGACGAGGGCGGAAGGAAGGAAUGUCUGUUCAGGUAACACCAAGAGCAGAAAGCGUAACCGAGCUAUAUUUCAGUCCAUAAUUCUCUUCUUUCUUCCUAUAUACAUAAAAUGUAAGGCUGUCAUCACGCAGCAGUUCAUGUGGCCACCAAUAUGUGGCCAAACCAACUCCAGUGUGAAAACAGGGUGGCAGGUGGCCCAGGUGAGAUGUUUAAUGGUGCUCUGUGAAGUUCCUGGUGGCAAGGUGUUCCAGGUAACACCAGGUGCAGGAAAUGUAACUGUGCUUUCCCUGAUUUGUCAUUCUGUGUAAUGUUUGAGUUGGGUUCCAGGAACAAAAGUAUUGCCAGGAAAGAGGAUUGGCUUGGAACUGACUACCCAAGGAAGUGUCUUGAAGUUGUUGACAGCUUAUCUGACUCCUUUCAAUCUGAAAUGUUAGUUGACCUGGCAAUGAUGUUUGUUUUAAACUCAUAGUCUUUUUUAUUAAUGUUUUAAGUGGCAAAUUUAACAGAGAAUAAAUGAAUAAAUGUAUAGAAAUAAUAUUAGUACCAAUAUUAGUACCAAUAAUCAUUUGAACUGUGGCGAAUUUCAGAAUUCCAGAAAAUUCCAGAAUGGCUUCAUUGGUAAACACCUCUUGCUUAAAUGCUACGACACAUUGCCAGCUCACAUACCUGUGUCAUGAAAAUGGAUUCUGUUUCCUCUGCCUCCAGGAACUCCCCGCUGCCGCUAAACAUCUCACCCUCACACAUCAUGAUUUGCAAUAUAUUGCCAGGUCAAAAAUUAUGAGACCAAAAUCAGGAUAUGGACUGGAAACCGGUUUUUGAGGGUUUCCAUCCAGCCCUAAAACACAUCAUGAUUCGUGAUAUAUUGUCAGGACAAAAGCUAUUAAACCGAUAUCACGCUAUAGACUUCAAACCGGUUUUGGAUGAUAUAGGGAUACAUCACCUGGCUCUAGUGAGAGAACCACCGGCUAACUACUCCAUCUUUCUUCCCUUCUAGUGGGGUCCUCAGACGUCUCUGAUGGAAGCCACGUUGCCCAACCAUCGCACCAUGAACCCUUGCCCCGUUCUCGAGAGGAAGAGCGGACGAAUUUUCCUGUUCUUCAUCUGCGUGGAGACCCACGUGACGGAACGUCACCAGAUCUUCACAGGGAGGAACGCCGCUCGGCUCUGCUACGUCGUCAGCCAAGAUGGCGGCCGCACCUGGAGCCAGACGACCGACCUGACGGAGCAGGUGAUUGGCAAACAUUUGAGGAACUGGGCCACCUUUGCGGUUGGGCCUGGGCACGGCCUGCAGCUGAGUUCCGGGCGCCUGGUGAUCCCGGCUUACGCCUAUUACAUCCACAGGCGAUGUUUCGGGCAUGCGCUCAACUGCUGGACCAGACCUCAUUCCUUCGCGUUCUACAGCGAUGACGGCGGGCAGAGUUGGGCCCGAGGACAACUCCUGAUGCACUUGAACACAUCCGAGUGCCAAGUUGCGGAGCUGACCCGCCGGGACGAUAGCCAAGUGCUGUACUGCAACUCCCGCAGCCCAGACAGGUUCCGGGCCGAAGCUUUCAGCACAGAUGGUGGAGAACACUUUGAGGAAGGGUACCUGUCCGAGGACUUGUGCGAGCCGCCCAGUGGGUGCCAGGGCAGCGUGGUGAGCUUCUUCCCUCAGCCGGAGGGCAGCUCUCGCUUCUCUUCGGCCUCGCUGGGCGGCACAAAGUCCUGGCUGGUGUACUCUCACCCCACAAACUGCCACAAGCGCUUCGAUUUGGGCAUCUACCUGAACAAGUCCCCGUUGGAAAAAGACUCUUGGCGCCCUCCCUGGGUGCUGUACAAAGGUCCCAGUAGCUACUCGGACCUGGCUGUGUGCCAAGAAGGGGGGAACACACUGGUGUUUGGGUGCUUGUUUGAGUGUGGGGUGCACCAUCCCAUUGAAGAAAUCGCGUUCCAGCUCUUCACCAGUGACGAGCUUUUGAGGAACGUGAGGGAAGGAUGA